UAUCUGCUGUAGAUUCCAUUUUGUUGCAAUUCAGACGGAGUCGGGAGAUAGAGAGAAGUGUCGUCAUACGGCUACUUUCAACACCACAUAACAGCUAGCCAAUCUUCAAGGGAGACGACUUUGUAGGAAAUACAGCUUGCUGUGCUUUCUUACAUAGUCCACCGAGGGAUCGCAAAGGCUAAUCGCAUAUUUUCCCGGACGAAGGGCUUUUUAACACCCAAGCCUGAGGAAGUCGAGUUUCGACUUCUUGGAUCAUCGUGUGCCGAGGUGAAUUGAUGUUCAGCUCGGCUCCACGGGAAAACUACGCUCAUUGGCACAUGAAAGCUUUAGACCUUGCUGGACAUAGAAGUACAGCGAGAAGUAGACAGAAAACUACUUCGAGGAACUGGGACCCGAUUGGAGGUGAAAUACUGAGGAGAGACUGCAUCAACUUUCUGACAACAAAGAGGUGACACGUAGUGCAGAAGCAUUAUGGGAGGUGGAGAGAGAUACAACAUUCCAGUUUCCCACCAUGAGCGCCCUUUUCCCAAGAAGAACCAUCAACUUGGUCGGGCUAAGCAGAGAAGCCGUGACCAGAACGGAACAACAACAUCUGCAGGCGGGGCAGGUGGCCUUCAUCAUGGCCACCGCCGAAGCGACAAAGGCGCAACAUACCACAGAUCUCCAGAGGCACGGCAGGCCGCGUCUGCAGAGAAGACCGCUUCUGAUCGCUUUGCCACCAACUAUGAUCACAACUGGGAGGGCGCAGUGUCUCACCUGAACACGCUCCUGGCCACACAGGGAAGUCCGAGCUAUGCAGGUCCUAAGUUCAGCGAGCCACCCUUGCCUAGCGUGUUGCCCAAACCCCCCAGCCACUGGGUGUCCUUCCCAAUUGGCUCCUGUGACAACAGGGAGAUGAUGGCCUUCCAGCUCAAGAGUCUCCUCAAAGUGCAGGCCUGAGAGGCAUACCCACACUUAAAAGAAAAGCCAAUGUAAGAACUGGGACUCUUUGAGGGCACCCACCCACCAGGAACACCUCAGUGCUGUAAUCCUUUUUAGCUGUUUUUAGAUUGAACUGCGUUAUGAGGCAUUUGCAGUAAUCUUUGCUGCAAAUGUUUAAUAACACUAUUUUAGACCAAUAAUUAGAGAUUACAGCCUUGGAGUCUUGCUGGUCGGUAUUGCCUUUAGUAGAGUCAGUUUCUGUGACUAAUGACAAACUGGAUAUCCUAUUCGACUUCUGUUUUUGUUUUGUUCUUUUUAAUGUUGGCUGUCAAUGCAGAUUGAGUGUGCUUUUCCCUCCCAAACAAGGGUUAUAGUAUAGGUCAGGAUAAUUCCCAUCACUUUUACAGUCCAUUUCUGUGGACAGACAUGCUUUUUCAGUUUUAUGAUGAGCCUUUUAUGGUCACCUCACUUAAAGCUUCAGGUGCUAAAGUAAACUCACAUUUGUAGCAAAUUAUUUUGGCUAGAACCCACCUUUUCUUGUAUGGAUCACAAUCCUUGUUUGGUAUGGAAAAUACACUCAACUGCAAUUCUGCAGGGAAAAUAGCUAUCUUACUGGAGGUAAUACGAUGUACAGUACAGGUCAAAAGUAUAACCUCAAACUGAAGGGUAAAAAGAGACCAUGGCACACAGGCCUCGGACAGUUAACUCUUGUACUUUUUUUUUUUUUUAUUGCGCUGUGCGCACAUGCACUAUAGGAGUUGAGCUUGUCUGGGGCCCAUAACACUCUAUCAUAGCAUUAUUUUGUACAAGUCCUUUUUAUUGUUGUGGUUGAAAGAUAUAUGAAGUGCUGUGUGUAACCAAAGCAAUGUUUUUGCUGUAUUUUUAAUUUUUUUUCCUCUUCCUUCUAUUUUGGACAUCGCCUGUGGUCGGCAUUGUUGCCAUUGCCACUUUACCUUGCCAGCCCGAGUGGUGAAUGGGUCAGGGUCCCUAAGGUUACUUCUAAACAGUUCAUCAUUCAAUCAGUGCUGUUAUUCCUCCCCAGCCUUUUCAGGACAGCGCUGCAGUUUUAACAUGCGGAAGAGGGCCAUGCUAAGCUGUGUGACUGUUAAGUUCCGCUUUUUCUCAAAGUCAUGGUCCUGUUGUUGGCUGCAUGCAUGGUAAGGCAAAGCGGAGGGAGGUUUCUGAAGUGAAGUGACCCCCAGGGACUUAACAUGAGGCAGGAGUUAUGUUUACAAAAUAAGACUCGGUGGUUGACCAUCCCAGAACUCUGCCUCUUGUUUACCCUCUUACACUGCAAUCAGACUAGUUUUAAUAAGUUACAGGCCAGGAUGCUAUUUAACUGAUGGAGGCGUAAUUGACUAUCCCCCUAUGGAUUCUCUAUUUUUGUGAUUCAAUCCUCUGUGGCUCUUUUUGCUUUCCCCUUGCAGAAUUUGUGUGUUUUUUGGCCAGCUUAAAGAUGACAAAACAAAGUAUGAGAGCUUGUUAGUGUUCAAGAGCCAUGUAAAUAAUGACAUGUAAAAAGUACUUGUAGCAUAUGUACAUUUGCAGGCCGAGUUUGAGGCCUGUCUGACAAAAGUAUUUUUAGUAUAUAACACUGAAUGUAUAAGACAUGCUAAGGACAUGUCUUGACUUCAAUGUCUUGACUUCAAUACUGAAGAAUAUUUUUGUUAAAAAAAUGCCAUUGCAUUUCUCAGAACCCCUGCACUGUAAUCUUUCCAGAGAUCUUGCACAUGUUUUUUAUUGUUUUGUAUUAUGCAGUGUAGGGUGAAAUAUGCUAAGGGCAAAUCUAAGACUGCAAAAUACCAAUUGGAUCCUGGAGGAGACUUGCCUAUGUAUGAAUUUGAGUUGUGAAUGUGCUUACAUUAUGUAAGUGUAAUGCUUUUCAUUAAGUUGACCUGUUUGUGCCUAAGUUUAAAUCCAUGCUGAAACUGACUAUUUUCAUUAGGUGGCAAUGCUACAAAUUUGACCAAAUGUUUUCAUCACACCAUCUUCAAUUCUCAGCUGUUCUUCCGCCAGCUGACAACUGAACGUGGCCCCUUGCUGUUUAGGUUCAAGUUACUAUUAGUUGUUCAUUUGAACAUUUUCUGUUUUGCUGAGUCGUUCAUGGCAGUCUCCUUUUAUUCUAAAUUUUGAAAUGUGUAAUGAAUUGGCUUUUAAUUUGUCCCCCUGAUAAGGUCACCGACGAUGAAAAGAAAAUGCCCUGUUUAAAGAUUAGUAACAAUUGGUGUGUAAAAGAAUGCAAUCUGUGAAUUGAUGACAAAAUUUGACCAAAAAUAAUAAAUCCCUUUCCCUCCCCC